GUUCUUGCCCAGCCACCGCCGCCGCACGUCACCCCCUCCUUUUUUUCUCCGAUAAUCUCAUCUCAUCUCUCGACUCCCUCCUCAUCUAACACACAAAUUCUUCACCAACUAUGAGUUAUAUGGACCAGCGCGUCUCCUCUUCGACACAUCCAUCGUCGAGAAGAGACAUUGACGACCUAUCGGACGGCUCUGACGAAUACGAAGCUGUGCCGCCGCCAUAUAAACGACCAAGAGAAGACACAGACCACAGAAUGGAUCAAAACGGACUCAUCGUCAAAGUCGCCGUCCCCGUCCCGGAGCAAUGCGUCGGAUUAGUUAUCGGACGCAAUGGCGCGGAGGUUCAAGCAAUCUCCCAGAAGUCUGGUUGUCGUGUGCAAGUUACCGUUCAACCAUCCAGCACCGGCUUUCGACUCGUCGAAAUUUAUGGCAUUCCGGAAAACAUUGAACGAGCGAAGGCUUACAUCAGCGAAGUCGUGACACGCGGGACCCGUCAGCCAGGGCCGCUGUGCCAGCCGGUUGUUCACGUUCAAACUCAUGGAAUUAAAUCACCAGUUGUCGACCAAGGUGAUCCGUCGAAAAUUACUAUCGAAAUUCCGAUUCCUGCAAACAAGUGUGGCGCGAUCAUUGGUAAAGGUGGAGAGCAAAUGCGCAAGUUAAGAUCUUGGACUAACUGCAACGUUCAACUUUUGCAAGACAACAACAUCGCCGACACCGUCAAACCUUUAAAAAUUACUGGGGAUCCGAAACAAGUGGAACAAUGUAGACUGCUUGUGGCCGACAUUCUGGCAUGUAAUGAUGACACUCCGGCUUCUGCAAUGAUGGCUGGAAAUGGGCCGGUUGCAACUAUGUCGCUGCAAGUGAAGGUGCCACGUUGCACAGUUGGAGCCAUCAUGGGGCUGCAGGGAAAAAACAUCAAGAAGCUGUCCGAUGAAACUGGCACUAAGAUUCAAUUCUUGCCUGACGAUGAUCCGAAGCUCAUGGAAAGAUCUCUCGCGAUCAUUGGAAAUAAGAACAAGGUCUACGUGUGUGCUCAAUUGAUCAAGGCCAUAGUGGAAGCCAAUUCUGAGGCGGCAAAUGCUCCAGUUGUGUUGUUCUACAUGGUUAUUCCUGCGUCGAAGUGUGGUUUGGUAAUCGGGCGCGGUGGGGAAACAAUCAAACAAAUCAACCAAGAAAGCGGGGCCCAUUGUGAGCUCUCCCGUGAUCCAAACACCAACCCAAUCGAGAAGACGUUCGUUAUUCGCGGCUCGGAAGCUCAAGUUGAGCACGCGAAACACUUGAUUCGUGUGAAAGUUGGAGAUAUUCCACCGAAUACUCCAUAUACUCCUGCUGGCAUGCCACAACCACAGCCGCAACAACAACCUCCUCAGAUGGUACAGGUCCAGCCCAACUUGCAAGGACAACAACCAAAUAUGCAAAUGUGGGCAGGCCAGCCACUUGUUCAGCAACCGCAGCAACCCCAUCAUAUUCAUCAACAACCAGCUCAACUUCACCCAGUCCAACUACCGCAAGUGAUGGCUCCACCAGGUUACCCAACUCAAGCUGCCUAUCCACCGCAGGCUGUUUAUCAACAAACUAGUGUUGCCGCGUGGCAUCCAAUGCAACAAGCCCAGCCACAGCAGCAACAAUAUGUUCAAGCAGCAAUUCCAGUGUCGCAGGCGAUGUACCAGCCACCGCAGCAGCCUGCACCAGCACCCGUGGAGACUGGACUGUCGCUCUAUGCUCAAUAUGCUAUGCAGGCUGCCGCUCAACAACAAGAACAACAGCGAGCUCAGAUGGCUGCUCAGCAAGAAGCGAAACUUGCUAAACAGCAAACAACUCAACAAGUUGCCCAGAAAGACACUGCUUCAGCUCAGAACUCUACUGGAGGUUCGGCUAAAGACGGAGAUGCUGACUAUUCCGCCCAAUGGCUUGAGUAUUACAUACACAUUGGCGAUCAAGCGUCGGCUGAUGCAGUUCGGGAAAGAAUUGCAACUUUGAAAGCUGAAAAGGAAAAGGAAGAAGCUGCCAAGGAACAAGCACGUGGUGGAUACUAUUAAAUUAUCUUCUCCUUUCAAGCUUUAGAUACCGUUUAUAAAAUGAAGGCGCCCUUCUAAUUCUCUUCUGGCGGCAUCAUCGGGUUUUCUGACUUCCUUGUCACUCCAGCUUUUUGUGUCGUGAUCCCGUACCGAACAACGAUCGCAUACUGUUUAAUAAUUUUUUAUUUAUAAUUUGUAUUUAAUAAUUAUAAUUCAAGUCAUAAAAUUUUUAACUGGUUU